AUGAUGCUCACCACCGGCCAUCCCCCUCGCAUCUUUACCCGUGGCGACCUCCGUGUCCGAGACACCCUCAUCGACCUCUUCGAGCAGUACUUCCAGAAUGACGGCCCAGCAACAGGGUCUCAAGUGACCAAGGGUCGAUACGACCUGUACAUCAAAAACGACAUGGCCCUGAACGAGAUAGCCCGUCUUGACCUCAUUUGGCCUACUUCCAACGUCGUCCUCACCAGCUUCGGGCCCCAUUCAAAAUUUAUUCUCGCCCGGCCCUGCUGCAGUCCAUCCGUAAUGAAGUCCAUAAUGCCGUCAUCAAAUCUACUACCGACAAGAAAAAUACAGAAGGAACUCAAAACAGGAAACACGCAACCCUCUUCGUCUUCCAACGUCGCAAAUGCCCCCUCCUCAUGUGCACCUUCCAAGAAACCCAACGCAAUCUCUCCUACGCCGCUGGCGUUCGCUAAGUCAUAUCCGACACCGUAA